ACUGAAUCUACUACCUCAAUUGCUAAUGGUAGCCCAGCCAAAAGAGUAAUUUGAAGAAGGCUUCACGAAGAAGUGUUGGGUACUAUAAAACAAGACCGGUAGGCGUAGGAUGUUAUUAUGGAGGGGAGAUGCAGAUCUGGGUGUUUCGGAGAUUUGGCUCUCGACCUGUACUUGGAGUGAAAAUCUUGAAGACUGAAGUUCAUCCCAUAGUCUUCGUCGUCUGCCGCCCUUCCGAUCUGAGUUUCUCUCUUUGUUGUCUGGACGUCGAGAUGAGUUCGACGGUUGGGCCGACGAGGUUCCACCGGAGGCGCCUGAGGUUUCCACUGCCUUCAGACGGAUGG